CGAAACGGCGCGAUAGCCGAACUUGGGCAGAUUAUCAGCCCACCUUUCCCAACCGCGCAAUUCAAACAAUCAUCAAGAUCCGCUACCGGUACUCAGAGUCGCUCGACCCUCCAGCCUGCCUCCAGCCUGCCUCCAGUCUCUCUAGCGAAGCCGGCUAUCCCCGGUUUGUGUCCGGCCUUGUAAGUAGCUGCUCGCUCUGAGCAGAUCCGAUUCAACCUGGCAGAGGCUGUGUGACAGCCUAUGGCCAACGGACCAAUGACGAAUCAAUAAUCGACUUCACAACCUACAUAGUAGUCUUUCUCGGCCCAUCCUACCCGAUUAUCAAGAAGGGAGAAGAGCUACGGAUCGCUCGGAUAUCAUCACCAGCUUUGGUGUCCAAACUACCGGGGAAACUUGGCAAGUUGGUCCCCACUGAUGUCUUUCGAGCUUCACGUUUGGGGCCCGGCUUUGGGGCGUGACUCCAUCGAUGCCGAAUGUUUGGCUGCCAUUGCGGCCUUCCGUCACAUUUUCGCUCCCAGUGAAUGGUCUUUGAUUGCAAGCAACGAUACGUAUCUCAGCCCAGAACAUACUUUACCCGCUUUGUUUCAUGGUGGUUUAUGGACAUCAGGAUAUACGAACAUAAUAUCGUAUUUGACGUGGCACACCACGUCAUGCGAUGAGCGACUCUCGGACAAUGAUCUCACAUCGCAGCAGGAGGCAGAUCUCCUGGCCUACUCUUCAUACCUUAGCACACGUGGAUCUGGCUUAAUAGCACUGUCACUAUAUGCAUCGCCCAAUGCUUGGGUGGAGCUUACAAGACCAGCGUAUUCGGAGCUAUUACCAUUUCCUCUAACGUGGACUAUUCCCACCACUAUCCGUGCUGCUGCCAUCGACAAGGCGGAGAGUCUCGGUAUGGGCUACAUAGCCGCCGAGGCCGAAGCGGAUGAAGCGGCCGCUCAGGGCCCGGCUGAAACUACAUCGACCGGUUUUCUCCGGCUGCGCCAACAGCUUGGGCCGAGGAAGUCCAUGCAGCCAGAGCAGACAGCAGCAAUCCGCUUUCAACAGCUGGCCGAUGACUUUUUCACAACCCUUGACGAACUACAAGGCGCUGAGAAGUAUUUGUUGCAGACCUCAAUUCCGUCUUCAUUGGAUUUUCUAGCCUAUGGUUACUUAGAAUUGAUGCAAGUACAGACACCAUUUCCCAUUUUAGCCCGGUCUCUUAUGGCCAAUGGUCGUCCGUCCGCGCAGUUUCUCCAAACAAUGAGAGCACAGUCUCAAGACUAUGUCUUGCCUUGGGAAGAGCCCGCGCCUCUGGGGCUACCUAGAACGAUGCUCGUCUUUGCCGAUGGCGCCAUCGAAAGCAUUGCCGGAGCAGGUGAGAGUUGGCGGAGGUGGCGACGUGGCGGUAUUGAAAACGAGCAGGGGGAGCAAGCCCAAACUUUGACACCAACCCUUGUUGCUGUCGGGAGCGUCGUUGCAGGUCUAGCAGCAGCUGGCGCAGCAGUGAUCCUUCGAGGAAUACCCUCAUUCGGCGCGACUACUCACCGCUUUGAGGCGCCGAAGGAAGAAAAGGGCCUGCAUCGAUUUGGGGAGAUUGGGGCGAUGCUUGACGUUUUGCCGAUCUUCGACCAGCCGCCGACUCCUUCAUCAUCCCUUUAGACUGCGAUGUAACAUAAGUACACAGUGAAUGUUGCUUGCGGCGUUAGGCAUCGUGUACUCAACUACUAUUCAGGUCACGAGACUUUGAUGUGCCUCACGAAUAACAUAGAUGCAUAAACUGGUACAAAAUCAUGUACUGAUAGCAUAUACCACAGGUGAAAAAUAAACUCGUUAUACAAAUAUGGGCAUAUUUAGUAUCACAAGAUAUCUAGAUACCGCUAACAAGUAAUUGAUACGUCCAACUUGGAGUGUACCUUAGACCUAGCAUUUGUGGCG